AUGUUUGAUGAUCCUACCGAGACCGCGCACGGGUGGAGCUUUCUGAAAGACACUCGCACGGUAUGGCCUAUAGCCGGUGCCGAAUGGAUGGUGAAUCGGGUCCGAAACGAGAGACCACUCCAGCAUCGUUUCAUCGAGUCUAGUGCCGGCCGGCUCCGAAUGUCGAAUGUGCAUAGUUAUCUCCAACGGGUAGUCCAUUUCCGCGAGAAACUAGCUAUUGCUAUUCACGUCAGCGGAGGCCAGCCUGCACGGGCACCAGAGCUGUUAAGCAUUCGGCAUUACAAUACUGAUAGUGGAGGCCACCGGAAUGUGUUUGUCGAAGAUGGUCUGGUAGCCUUUGUUACGUAG